ACCAAAGCUAGGGCUUCGGAUUUUGUCUAUAAAAACGAAGCACCAAAGCAUUUUUGUUUCAUAAGAAAAGUUCUCUAAAUCCGAUCAGUUCGGUUAUUGUUUAAUUCUUCCCCCAGUUUUUCAUUAUGGUAUUUAACAGAGAAGAAAGAAUGGGUUCAAAUAAUGUUGAUUAUUUGACACUGAAACCUGAGAGUGCAACUCUAUUGGACCUGUUUUUGUUUACACUUUCUUUCAGUUAUGUAGACAUCAGAAAACUGGUGAAAUGUCCUGCAGGUAAAGAACGUUCUUACCAAAGCUUUGGAGAUCGAUGGAUUAUUGUUUCCUCCAUUCUUCUGGUGAAACUCCUUAUCGCCAUAACCAAACUGUUCCAAACCUUUAAAACCAUGCGAGAAAAGAUUUUUGGGGUACCCCAAGAAACUUACGGGGCGAAAGUGAAAUGUGAAGACUGGAGAAUAGAAGUUGGGAAGAAUAGUAACUCAAAAUUGGGAGACGAUAAUGGAUUCAGAUAUUAUGGUGCCCUGACCAUGAUGGCUUCCACUUUGGCUUACGAAUCUACUCCCGUCAUUGAGACCGUCGUUGAUAACUGCUGGAAGAUGGAAAUGGAUAAAUGCUAUGACUUUUGGAAUGACUUUCAAGAUAAGAUAAGAACGCGAGCAUUUGCAUUUCGAGCAAAAGAUCCAAAUGUAAUGGUAGUGGCAUUCAAGGGCACUUCAGCAUUAGGAGAUUGGUCAGAAAAUUUGAAUGUGUCAUGGUACAAUAUCAAAGGCAUUGGCAACAUCCACGACGGUUUCAUGCAAGCCCUCGGCCUUCAACAAAACACUGAUUGGCCAAAGGAGCUCCCUCCUCGCCCUGACAAUCAUGAAUUUGCUUACUACACCCUUCGCCAAGUCCUUAGAGACUUUGUCAAAGACAAUGAUAAGGCAAGGUUCAUCAUCACUGGCCACAGCCUCGGUGGUGCCCUCGCCAUUCUCUUCGUUACCAUUCUCGCCUUCCAUGAAGAAUCUGCGUUGCUAAAGAGGCUGCAGGCGAUUUACACCUUUGGCCAACCUAGAUCCGGUGACCGAAAUUUUGCUAAAUUCAUGAAUAAUCUAACUAAAAAAUAUGGUUUCGAUUAUUACAGAUAUGUUUACUCCUUUGACAUCGUUCCUAGAGUUCCUUUUGAUUGCAAAAAUUUUUGGUACAAACACUUCGGUGGAUGCGUCUACUACAACUCAUGCUACAAAGGAAAGUUUUUGGAGGCUCAACCAAACCCGAACUACUUCUGUGAGUCAUGGUUGACACCUUUCCAGUACUUGACUGCGUGGUGGGAGCUUUUAAGAAGUUUAGUAAUCCCACUUUUCAAAGGUCCUAAAUACUUCGAGGGUUUCAACACUUUAAUGCUUAGACUGAUUGGGUUGGUUGUUCCUGGAGUAUCAGCUCACUCUUCUCAGAACUAUAUUAACUUGACUCGUUAUGGAAAAAUACAACUACCCUCACACAUCAAACCCUAAAAUUUUAAGACAUUAGCAAAAGUUGUCGUUCUACUAGCUACAACAUGGAGAUGAUGAUCAACAGUAACAAAUGUAUAAUGUAUUUGUAAUGUGUGUCCUUUAUAUUAUGGAAGUAAGAUAUGUGUGUGUUGUUUGUUAAUGUGGGUAUUUGGGAGUGGUUUGCUCUCAUAGUUAGUUUUAGUGAGUUAUAGGGUUUGUUGAAGUCAGAAAUUACGAAAUGUUUCCAUUUUAGAAACGUGGGUGUGGUAGAAAUUUGGGUCUAUAGAAACUUGCGUAAACCCUAAGUUUAUGAAAACUUGGUUUAUACCACUACAACCUAUGUGAGUGCUUCAAAAUAAAGUUUGCUUCUACUUGUGUAUGUUUGAUUUUGAAGUAAUAAGACCUUCGACUUUUAAUUUGUUUAA